AUGAAGAUUUUUAUUUGCUUAUUGGCCACAGUAUGUGCCUGCAAUGCCACAUUUUUGAGUCUUUUGGGAGGCAAAGGCGGUGGAAGUGGAGCAAGUAGCGGUGGCAGUCAUGUAACCUACAAUGUUGUUGCAACACCAACCCACGGAGGUGGUGGUGGUGGUCACGGUCAUGGAGAUGUACAUGGUCAUGGAGAUUAUCAUGGCCAUGGAGAUGUACAUGAUCAUGGUCAUGGUGGACAUGAUGUUAGCUACUCCAGCAGUCAUGGCAGUAGCCACGAUUACAGUUAUUCCCAUGAUCACGGACACGAUCACGGUCACGAUCAUGGACACGAUCACGGUCAUGAUCACGGUCACGAUCAUGGUCACAGCCAUGGUGGUUCCCCUCAAGUUAUUAAAAUCAUCUUGGAUCAAGGUCAUGGCGGCGGUCAUGCCAGCUCGGGCGGUUACGGCUAUGAAGGUGGUUAUGCUAGCGGUCAUAGUUAUGGCUCUUCUGAUCACGGUUAUGGUGGUGGUGAUCACAGUUAUCACGGUGGUUCCUCUGCUGGUGGUGAAGCCCAAAUUUUCAAAGUUAUCACCCAAAGUUCCGCUGGCCCCGCUCCUGUUCAUGUAGAGCAUGGUUACUCAGCUGGUGGUUCUCAAGGCUGGUCUUCCGGUUCAUCAUAUGCCUCGGGCUAUGCUCAUGGUGGUUCUCACAGUGUUAACUCUCAACUGAAUGCCAUUUUGCCACAAAUUUUACAAUUAAUCUUGCAAGAUGAUGGUUCUCAUGGUUCCCAUGGCGGUUUCAGCUCUGGUGGCGGUGAUGAUUUAAACACUCAAUUAAUUACUCACUUUGGACAAAAGGGUAAGGCUGUCAUCACACGCAGCAAUGGUAAACCCAAUAGCUUCUUAAACGGCGGUCAUGUAGUACAAAAAGGUGUUCUUAAAGUAAUGCGCGUCGAAGAAACUCCUGCUGCUGCUCAUCCUGCUCCAGCUCAUGGUCCUCCAGCUCAUGGUCAUUCUUCGUAUGGUCCUCCUUCUCAUGGUCCUCCAUCUCAUGGUCAUGGCUGGUAA